AUGCCUAAUUUCUGCAGUGUGGCAAUCUGCUGUACCUCCACUAUCCUGCCCAGGCUGCUGGCCAGCUUCCUAACCAGGGACAGAUCCGUUUCUGCUCAAGGCUGCAUGACACAGUUCUUUUUCUUCGCCUGUUGUGCAGGUACCGAGUGUUAUCUGCUGGCCACCAUGUCCUAGGAUCGGUACUUGGCCAUAUGCCACCCCCUGCUCUAUGCCAGCCUCAUGAAGCAGAAGCUCCGUCUCCAGCCGGCGGCUGGGUUUUGGCUAGCAGGAUUACUAAUGUCUACCAUAGUCAGCGGGCUACUUUCCAACUUACACUUCUGUGGUCCCAAUGCAAUUGAUCACUUCUUCUGCGAUUUUGCCCCGUUGCUGGAGCUCGCCUGCAGCGACACCACGGUGCUUAGACUGGUUACUUUCAUCAUCUGCUUUCUGGAUGUGGCCUCCCCAUUUGUGUUCACCUUGGUAUCCUAUAUCUGCAUCAUAGCUGCGAUCCCGAGGAUCCCAGCCACCACGGGGAGGCAGAAGGCCUCCUCCACCUGCUCCUCUCACCUCAGCGUGGUCACUGCUUCCUAUGGUACCCUCAUCGUUGUCUAUAUGAUACCCAGAACAGCCUCGCUGAGGCAGCUCAAUACAGUGCGAUCCUUUUUCUACACCAUCCUCACGCCCAUGGCCAAUCCACUCCUCCACAGCCUGAGCAACAGGCAAGUCAAGGGGGCUCUUGGAAAUGCCCUCAGAAAGACCGUGUCCUGCAUCGAGAGCUCCUACUAG